AUGGAAUUUGUAGAACGCUUCUCCAGCUGGAGUGGACUAAAAGCUGCCACUGCAUGGCUACUUAGAUUCAAGAAAUGGUUGAUUGACACCAAGUAUGGGAAGAGGAAGGAGCUGUACACCGGGCCUACUGGGGCAAUCAAGGCCAGUGAGUUGCAGAAAGCUGAGGUAGCGGUUGUUACUUAUGUCCAAGGAGAAGUUUUCGCCAGCGAAAUGAAGCAGAUGGGAAAGAUUGGACCGAAAAUGAGCCGCAGCCAGUUUCAUAAUCUCCAUCCAUACAAGGACAAGGCAGGAUCAGUAAGAGUAGGCGGGCGUUUAACAGAAUCACAUCAUCUGACCGAGAUCAUCGUUAGGAGUUACCACGAAGCCUAUCAGCAUGCUCCACCACAGACAUUGCUGCGUCUUCUCAGGAAGCGCUAUUGGGUGAUAAAUGGUUCAAGUGUUGUCCAUGAACUUGAGAAGAAAUGCAUCACAUGCCAGCGAGCGAUUGGUUUGCCAAGGGACCAAAUCCGGGGAGUCCUACCCAAGGGACGCAUCACCAGUGAUAACUUGUGGACCCAGACUGGAUGUGAUAUAAUGGGGCCAGUGCUCAUCAAGAUCCUCAGAAGUCAAGUGAAGAGGUACAUCCUGGGAUUAGUCUCUUUCACAGUGAAGGCAGUCCAUUUUGAGAUCAUGCCUGAUCUCACAACACUGUCAUUUCUCAACGCGAUGAGAAGAUUUCUGGCAAGAAGAUCAAGACCUGGGAAACUCAGUGACAAUGCGGGGACCUUCUCAUCAGGAGUGGCAGAGAUCAACAAACUGCAGGAGCUGUACAAUUCGUCUGGGGUUCAGCACUUCAUGCAAGAGAAAGAGAUUGAGUGGGUGCCCAAUGUACCAAAGGCAUCGAAUAGAAAUGGUCUGUUUGAGCGACCAUUUCGCACACUGAGACGAGUCAUGCUCAACACACUGAAGGGCAGAAUCACAACUGAGGACCAGCUAGCUACAAUAGUAGCUGAAUGCGAGCUGUUGUAUAACAGUCGCCCCUUGUGUGCAGUCAGCAAAAAUGCAAGGGCUACACUUCCAAUCACGCUGAUGAUGAUCAUCAACCCUGAACCUGUAGCAGCUCAUCCACCAGGUAUUUUCGACGAGAAGGACCUGAUUGUCAGAAAUAGCUACCGCCAGGUCCAGGCACUGAUCAAUGAGUUUUGGUCAAGAUUCAAGUUGGAGUAUCUCACCUCGCUCCAGAACGUCAGAAAAGCAUCAUCAAGAGACGGAUCUUCCGAGUGGGAGACCUGGUGA